AUGGCCCUGAUUGUGGUCCCAGCAGAACCGCGAAGCACACGUAACAUCGGCGACAAGAGUUGGUGGACAAACGUGGAAGCCACUGCUUUUAGCUACAAUACAAUAGUGGUAUUUCGGAGAGCUGCCAAUCGUCUUUGGCCCGUCCAAAGGAGUUUGUGUCUGAAAGCCUUCGCUCCAACGCAAGAAGCUGUUAAACGCAAGGGGACGUGUCCGAUAGAAGUGAGUCCUGUGGACUAUUUCGUGCUGACAGUGAAAAGUGUACAGGACACCAUCAGGUUCUAUACGUCAUCUGCUCUGGGCACGGAGGUUGUCACGUUCAAGGGAAACCGUAAAGCUCUGGGAUUCCAUCAUCUCGGCAAGGAGUUUGAGCCCAAAGCAAAGUACCCAACUCCAGGCUCUGCAGAUUGUCAAAUUAAAAGAAAAACUCUAACUACUGUUGCUGCACACUUGAAGGUGUGUAGAGUGCAGAUAGAGGAGGGCCCAGUGGAUAGGACUGGAGCAGUGGGGACAAUCACGUUACUAUACUUCCAAAAUCCAGAUGACAACCUCAUUGAAGUGUCCAAUUAUCACCAAGAAACAUCACAAUAAUUUUAAUGAGAGGUCCUCUUGUUGUUUUUUUUGCAUUUUUUAUUAUUUUUUUUAAAGCAAAUAUUCCUAAAACUCAGGAGCGGGCCAUUCAUUGGGCAACAGGACCUUCACACUGCAGGGCAUGAUGUCCAAUUCAGAUUAUUUGUUAAAUCCAAUCUUUUUGUGUAGUCGUUCACAUUACAAAAGCAAAUCUGAGUUCAAACGUGGACGGAAUGAACCCACGAAGUGACACGCGUGCACACAAAACACGACAUCAUGCACCCUGACGUCAUGUUGCAAAUGCGCAGAAAACAGGCACAGUGUGUGUGUGGAAAUAAAGGCAGAGCGGCUGAAGGCUUUAUUUAAUAGCUUUAUUAAUAGAAUCAGUUUUUUUAAUUUCAGUACUUAACACAAAUAGUUCAUUGUUUGGGAUAAACUGAAGUAAAGCAAGUAAAAUGAUUAGCAGAUAUAUACGAUAUUGAUAUUGUAACAUUCUAUGUGCAUAUAGAUACUUCUUCACUACUCUUUUUUUUUUGCUCCAUCGCAAAGUACAAUGUACAUUGGAUGCAUAUUGUUUCACAAGACUCCAUAGGGGAGUCACUAUCAGCUGUAAUCCUGUAUUUUCACUGCAGUUGUGAGAGAAGGGGCGUACAGUCGUUGAGUUUUUCCAUCUCUUGCACUAUUUGAAUCAGUCUCUCAACUUUAUCUUCGGGAAGCACAGCCCCUGCAUUAUUCCUGAACUUCUUUCGCAGGCUCUCAUCGGUUAGUGGUUUGCGCCAGUGACCAUAAAAUGUGUCGCAGCGCCCUCUCAGAAUGUCUCCCCCGACAAGUGCUACUUGGACUUCACCAUACAUGCGAUCGAAAUUGGCAGGGUUGUCAUAGGGAUGCUCCACACGGACACGCCUCAGCAACUGGAGGAGCUCAGCACGAGCCAUGGCUGCAGGGGUGAAGGACUGCACUUUCACCUCACCAUCCAAGAGAGCACUGCAAGCGUUGAACUGGAAAGAAUGGCGGGCCUGGUGGUCCGACUCUGGGAAAGCCCUGUUUAUGUAUUUUGAGUUGGGAACUCUGAGAAGGAUGGCCUGAAUGUGAGCCGAAGACACAGUGCCAGGACCAAAGCCCACAAGGUGCUUGUGCACUGAGGCCGCAGCGUCUGCCACCCAGUGCAUGGCCAGAUGUGCAGGGAAGCGCUUGAAAGCUAUAUCCUGCCCUUCUAGCAAGAAUACAUGGUCACCAUCGUUAGGUGAUUUCAAAUGCUGUGGCUUGUAGUCUUUGUAGAAAGCAUUGAAACCAGCAACUCCUUCCACAGCAUCCAGGACAAGCUGGCUUGCCUGAAGUCCUUGAGAGGCCAGUAUAGCAGCCUCCAUCCCCAGGCGGGAGGCAUUGCCUAUGUGCAUGGGUUUGGACUGAGUUGCAGCGUUAGCCAUCGGGGCUCCAGAGAGAGACGCAGC